AAAUAUCUGUUAAUUCAGAUAAUCAAGAACUUGAUAUUAAUGUAGAUGAUGACGAAAAUGAAGAGCUUAAUGGAAACUUUACCGAUUUUUCUAAUUGGCUUCUUAAUACAUUCGACAACUGUGAGCAUGAAUUCGAUAAUUAUUCUGAGUGA